AUGAUUCAUACAGUGGCACUUCCUGGAUACGUUACACGUAGAGACGGGAUUGUGUUCAGACUUUCAUAGCAGAACUGUAUUUUUAAACGACGGCUUCUCUGACUUGUUUUAUGUGUGCAUACAUGUUGUUCACCCCUAUUCGCACACAGGCAUGUUUAGUGGGAAUAUAAUGAAGCCACAGUGGCGCGUGUUGCUUGUUUAGCCUCAUAGCUAAGCUAAGCUACCUAGCCAACAUUAAGACUAGUGAACACGGACGCGUUUUUGUUUAUGUUUGCUUUUUGUUCAAGAUGUACACUUUAUUAUCUGGAUUAUAUAAGUACAUGUUCCAGAAGGAUGAAUACUGCGUUUUGAUCCUGGGACUGGAUAACGCCGGAAAAACGACUUUCCUGGAACAGACCAAAACAAAGUUUAGUAAGAAUUACAAGGGGAUGACUUUAUCCAAGAUCACCACUACAGUUGGCCUGAACAUUGGCACAAUUGAUGUUGGCAAGGCUCGUCUAAUGUUCUGGGAUUUGGGAGGUCAGGAGGAGCUCCAGUCUCUGUGGGACAAAUACUACGCUGAAUCCCAUGGAGUCAUCUAUGUGAUAGAUUCAACUGAUGAAGAGCGUCUGUCAGAAUCAAAGGAGGCCUUUGAGAAAAUGAUCAGCAGUGAGGCACUGGAAGGCGUUCCGCUCCUCGUGCUGGCUAAUAAGCAAGACGUACCGAACUGUUUGUCAGUGCCCGACAUUAAAACAACCUUCAGUGAUUGUGCUCCAAAGAUUGGCAAGAGAGACUGUUUAGUCCAGCCUUGCACUGCUCUCACAGGGGACGGCGUGAACGAAGGCAUUGAGUGGAUGGUGAAGUGUGUGGUCAGAAACAUUCACCGGCCACCGAGACAGAAGGACAUCACAUAAGAUGUUUGUCAUCACUCCACUGUGAUGACUGUGUGACAUGGGACCUAGUUUCUCCUUGAGGACAUGUUAAGCUCUGGAGCUGAUAACUCUCCUCUCACCCUGUGUUUCCUGUGACUCUUUGGAUUUCUGCUUUUUGGACUUCAUUAUAGUAUUUUUAUCAACAAACAGCUUCAGAUGUACUGUGAGCAGAUGUCUGCCUGUUUGUGCCUACACUUUUUGAAGGUGUGUCGUUUACUUUUGCUGGCUGGGAUCAGUGCUGCAGCAUUUAUAUGGAGCACUUUGAGUGCACAGAAACACUGACACAUUAAAUAUACAAAGCAUUGAUGGGCGCUUAUCUAUUUUUUUCACACUAUCAGAUUCAAUAAACAAUGAUAAGCUGCA